UUUCUACAGGGGCGGAGCCUAUGGGCUUCGGGAUGGUUGGCGCGGAGGACGACGUGACCUGCGGCUGGACAUGGCCCUCUGGGGCAGAUACUUUUGUCGCCUUUUGGGUUCAGUCAGUAGGUCGACGGAGCUACUGGAUGUCAGGUGGCUCCAGCCCCAGACCGGGCUGAGGCUCCCCAGCGCCUGGGGACUCCCCUCCAAACAGCCAAACCGGGGCAAGGCGCGCGGGAAUGAGUACCAGCCGAGCAACAUCAAGCGCAAGCACAAGCACGGCUGGAUCAAGCGCUUGAGCACGCCGAGCGGCGUCCAGGUCAUACUUCGCCGCAUGCUCAAGGGCCGCAAAUCGCUGAGCCAUUGAGCGCGACGCUGCCGGAGGGACCCCCAUUCAAGCAUCUUUUUCGCCUCAUACCUCUCCUGAUGCUUUUUGUAGGGAAAAGUUCGGACGACUCAGACAUAAGUGUUCCUCCAGUCGGGUUUGCCCAGAACCCAGAAGUCUGUGGUUGGACUGAAAAGGGAGUGGGAAGUCAGACUUUUGCGAAGUCCCAUUUUACACUUUUUAAUCAGGAAGAAUUUAGAACCUAACGGCUACAGUCCAUGGAAUAGUACAGUGAACUCCUGUACCCACCCAGCUCUGACCACCAAUUACCCAGAAACUGUCCUGCCCCCUCCUGUGUUAUUUUCAAACAAAUUUCAGGCAUCCGCUUAUUCUUCCGUAAAUAUUUCAGAAUGCAUCUCUGCAAGAUGAGGGCCCUUUAAAACAUAACAAAAUUCACACCUAAAAAACUCCACAAUUCCUUAAUAUCAUUAAAUAUCUACUGAAUGUUUAAA